GCUGUACGGAGUACCUGACCUUUACCUCACUAGCCUGGGGAGAGAGAAACGAGUCACCACGAGUCACUCCAAGUCACAAAACUUUUUACAACCCCCUCUCUUCUUCUCUUCUACUUGGCCUUUGUCCUCCAUUUUCUAUUCCCUCUUCCCUUUGGUCCCAAGGUCACGAUCUGUCAAUCACACACCCUCUCUCCUCCUCCCUCCUCCCUCCGCCGUCCGCUCUACAAGAAACAACCCUCCAUUUUCCUCUCUUUCCUUUCCUUGACCAUCGACGAUUGACAUUGACCUACCUUGCCUGGACCAAAUAGAGCAAUGCCGUCGGCCAUGUCCCACUCCCUGGCAGGCCGGGCGCCGGCCGUCUUCCGACAUGGUCGACGAGUCCCGGCCGCUCUACCCAUCCGCCACUUCUCCCUCGCCGCCGCCUCUCCCAAGACCUAUACUGCCCUGCAGACCUCCCAUGCUAGGGCUCGCCUAGAUCAGAAGCGCCUCUUCUCUUCCUCCGCGCUGCGCUGCAACGCCGGCGUUCAAGCGGCCCCGAACCCCAGGGCUUACCUCGAGAGCGGUGUCAUCAAGCCCCAGGAGAUUGUCGAUGUGAAGAAGGUGUUGGUCAUUGGCAGUGGUGGUUUGGCCAUUGGUCAAGCUGGCGAGUUUGACUACUCAGGCUCCCAAGCUCUGAAAGCUCUCAAGGAGGCUGGCGUCUCCUCCGUUCUCAUCAACCCCAACAUUGCGACCAUCCAGACCAACCACACCCUCGCCGAUGAGGUCUACUACCUUCCCGUCACCCCCGAAUAUGUCACCUAUGUCAUCGAGAGGGAAAAGCCCGACGGCAUCUUCCUCUCCUUCGGCGGUCAGACCGCCCUGAACUUGGGCGUGCAGAUGCAGCGCAUGGGCCUGUUCGAGAAGUACGGCGUCAAGGUGCUGGGAACCAGCGUCCGCACUCUCGAGGUCAGCGAGGACCGCGACCUGUUCGCCCGCGCCCUCGACGAGAUCGACAUCCCCAUCGCCAAAUCCGUCGCCGUCGGCACCGUCGACGAGGCUCUCGAGGCCGCCGAGAAGAUCGGCUACCCCAUCAUCGUGCGCGCCGCCUACGCCCUCGGCGGUCUGGGCUCCGGCUUCGCCAACAACGAGGAGGAGCUGCACAACAUGGCCGCCCGCUCCUUGACCCUGUCCCCCCAGAUCUUGGUCGAGAAGUCUCUCAAGGGCUGGAAGGAGGUCGAGUACGAGGUUGUCCGCGAUGCCAAGAACAACUGCAUCACCGUGUGCAACAUGGAGAACUUCGACCCUCUCGGUAUCCACACCGGUGACUCGAUCGUCGUGGCCCCGAGUCAGACCCUGAGCGAUGAGGAGUACCACAUGCUGCGGUCCGCCGCCAUCAAGAUCGUCAGGCAUCUCGGCGUCGUCGGCGAGUGCAAUGUGCAGUACGCCCUCCAGCCGGACGGCCUCGACUACCGCGUCAUCGAGGUCAACGCCCGUCUUUCCCGCUCUUCGGCCCUCGCUUCCAAGGCCACCGGUUACCCUCUCGCCUACACCGCUGCCAAGAUCGGCCUCGGCCACAGCCUUCCCGAGCUCCCCAACGCCGUGACCAAGACGACCACCGCCAACUUCGAGCCCUCCCUCGACUACAUCGUCACCAAGAUCCCCCGCUGGGACUUGUCCAAGUUCCAGCACGUGAAGCGGGAUAUCGGCAGUGCCAUGAAGUCCGUUGGUGAGGUCAUGGCCAUCGGCCGGACCUUCGAGGAGUCGUUCCAAAAGGCCAUCCGCAUGGUGGACCCCAAGUUCGUCGGAUUCCAGGGCGCCAAGUUCGACGACCUCGACCACGAGCUGCAGAACCCCACCGACCGCCGCUGGUUGGCCGUCGGCCAGGCCAUGCUUCAUGAGAAUUACACUGUCGACAGGAUCCACGACCUGACCAAGAUCGACAAGUGGUUCCUCUACAAGCUGGAGAACAUCGUCGACACCACGCGCGAGCUGCAGGAGGCCGGCAGCCUGGACGCUCUCAAGAAGGACCUGGUCCUCAAGGCCAAGAAGAUGGGCUUCUCCGACAAGCAGAUCGCCCUGGCGAUCCACAGCGACGAGGACUCCGUCCGGAAUCUUCGCAAGCAGUUCGGCAUCCGCCCGUGGGUCAAGAAGAUCGAUACCCUCGCCGCCGAGUUCCCCGCCGACACCAACUACCUCUACACCACCUAUAACGCGUCGUCGCACGACGUGACCUUCGAGGACAACGGCAUCAUCAUCCUGGGCAGCGGUGUCUACCGUAUCGGAAGCUCCGUCGAGUUCGACUGGUGCGCCGUCAGUGCCACCCAGACCCUGCGCCAGAUGGGGAACAAGACCAUCAUGGUCAACUACAACCCCGAGACGUACUCGACCGACUUCGACACCGCCGAUAGGCUCUACUUCGAGGAGCUGAACUACGAGCGUGUCAUGGACAUCUACGAGCUCGAGACGGCUUCCGGUGUCGUCGUCUCCGUCGGUGGUCAGCUGCCCCAGAACAUCGCCCUCCGCCUCCAGGAGACGGGCGGCGCGAAGGUGCUGGGCACCGACCCCAAGGACAUCGACAAGGCCGAGGACCGGCAAAAAUUCUCCGAGAUCCUCGACAGCAUCGGCGUCGACCAGCCCGCGUGGAAGGAGCUGACGUCCGUGGAAGAGGCCGAGGUCUUCGCCAACGAGGUCGGCUACCCCGUCCUCGUCCGGCCCAGCUACGUGCUGUCCGGUGCCGCCAUGACCGUCAUCCGCAGCCAGGAGGACCUCAAGGAGAAGCUGGAAGCCGCCAGCGACGUCUCGCCCGACCACCCCGUCGUCAUCACCAAGUUCAUCGAGGGCGCGCAGGAGAUCGACGUCGACGGCGUGGCCUCGGAGGGCAAGCUGAUCCUGCACGCCGUCUCGGAGCACGUCGAGCAGGCCGGCGUGCACUCGGGCGACGCCACCCUGGUGCUCCCGCCCGCGAACCUCGACCAGGCCACCAUGGACGGCGUCAAGGAGAUCGCCGAGAAGGUGGCCAAGGCCUGGCGCAUCACGGGCCCCUUCAACAUGCAGAUCAUCAAGGCCGACGACCCGAACGGCGGCAAGCCGGCGCUCAAGGUCAUCGAGUGCAACCUCCGCGCGUCGCGGUCGUUCCCCUUCGUCAGCAAGGUGCUCGGCCGCAACUUCAUCGAGGUGGCCACCAAGGCCCUCGUCGGCCAGCAGGUGCCGCAGCCGGAGGACCUCAUGGCCGUCAAGCGGGACUACCUCGCCACCAAGGUGCCGCAGUUCUCCUGGACCCGCCUCGCCGGCGCCGACCCCUUCCUGGGCGUCGAGAUGGCCAGCACGGGCGAGAUCGCCUGCUUCGGCAAGAACCUCGUCGACGCCUACUGGGCCUCCCUCCAGUCGACCAUGAACUUCCGCAUGCCCGAGCCCGGCGAGGGCCUCCUCUUCGGCGGCCAGCUCGACCGCAAGUGGCUCAUCACCGUGGUCGACUACCUCGCCCCGCUCGGCUACAAGCUGUACGCGGCCGACGACGAGGUGAAGCAGUUCAUCGAGUCCAGCGCCCGCGACAAUGUGACUGUGGAUGUCAUCGAGUUCCCCAAGGAGGACAAGCGCGCCCUCCGCGAGGUGUUCCAGAAGUACGACAUCCGCGGCGUCUUCAACCUGGCCCGGGCCCGCGGCAAGACCGUCAUGGACGUCGACUAUGUCAUGCGCCGUAACGCCGUCGACUUUGGCGUUCCCCUGUUCAUGGAGCCUCAGACCGCCAUGCUCUUCGCCCAAUGCAUGAGCGAGAAGCUGCCCCGUCCUGAGGGCGUCCCCUCCGAAGUCCGCCGGUGGUCCGAGUUCAUCGGCGGCAAGCCGCUGUAAAUAUUAGCCAAGAGAAAAAAAAGGAAAAAAGGAAAAAUCGCCCACUGCAUCGCAGAUAAAACGCAAUGGGUCGUGUCUUGUUUUUCAUACCCCCCGCACCCCUUUCCCAGUCUUUCUUCUUUUCAAAUAUCGUGUGUCAAUUUAACCCUGUCUGUUCAUUUCGCAACAUUUGGAAGUAAAGUAGGCGUUGGAUUAUUAGGGCGAAGUUGGUGUGGAUGGAUGGGUUAUAUUCUUUUCUUCCCAGUGGCUUCCCCCCUGCUUGGCUCCGUUCUUGUUCUCCGUGUUCUCGGCUUAGAUUCUAGAGAAGCAAAAGGAAAAGAAAAGAAUAAAAAAAGAAGAAGAAAUGCGAGAGGGAGGGGAGAUGGCGGAGAUGUAACGAUCACUUGGUCGACAUCCAGGGACAUUGAAGGGAUGGAGUUAGAGAGUAAUACAAAAGAAAAGCAAAGC